CCGGAAGUUCCCGCGGGGCGGAACUGGUCGGGGCGAUCAACUCGGCUGCCGCGGGGAGUCUGUUAGUCCGUUUCGGGGGGGCCUGCUGCUGCCGGACCGGCCAUGGACGAUACCCUGUUCCAGUUGAAGUUCACAGCAAAGCAGCUAGAGAAGCUGGCCAAGAAGGCAGAAAAGGACUCCAAGGCAGAGCAGGCCAAGGUGAAGAAGGCCCUCCAGCAGAAGAACGUAGAAUGUGCCCGUGUGUACGCUGAGAACGCCAUCCGCAAGAAGAAUGAAGGCGUGAACUGGCUCCGUAUGGCAUCCCGUGUGGAUGCAGUGGCUUCCAAGGUGCAGACGGCCGUGACCAUGAAGGGGGUGACCAAGAACAUGGCCCAGGUGACCAAAGCCCUGGACAGGGCGCUAAGCACCAUGGACUUGCAGAAGGUCUCUGCGGUGAUGGACAGGUUCGAGCAACAGGUUCAGAACUUGGAUGUGCAUACAGCGGUGAUGGAGGACUCCAUGAGCUCGGCCACCACACUGACCACGCCGCAGGAACAGGUGGAUAGCCUCAUCAUGCAGAUCGCUGAGGAGAACGGCCUGGAGGUCCUGGACCAGCUCAACCAGCUGCCUGAGGGCGCCUCUGCCGUGGGCGAGAGCUCCGUGCGCAGCCAAGAGGACCAGCUGUCUCGGAGGUUGGCCGCCCUGAGAAACUAGCCGAGCCCUCCUGCAGUGCCCUGCUUCCCUGGCCGUGACGUGUGGGAAGGGCCGGGGAGGAGGCCUCCAUCUCUGUCCCCACGCCUCUUGCCUUUCCGCACACCCUGCUGUGCGGCCCUUCCCUCCACGCCUGGGGAUUGUCCCUCUUAGCGUAGAUGGUGGCUCUGUGUCCUGGUGGGUGAGUUUGCACACACUUCUGACUUCUGUGGGUUAUUUCUGUGACUGUGGACUGACCAGCUUGGGGUUCUGCAGGCCCCCCUCUCUCCCCCACCCUCUGAGAAGUUGACGGGGACUGACCAGUGGAUGCCAUGUGGGCCACGGGGGCCUUCAGAGUCCGUGUAAUGGCAGAUGUGCUGCUAGUGGCCAGCCAGUGGGGUCAGCGCUGCUUCCGGUGGCCAGGAAGCACCUGGAGGCCAGCUGGCUGAGCCCUACUAGGGAUCCCCAGCAGCAGGUGCCAUGCUCCAAUCCAGGCAGGCCCACCCGCAGGGACCCAUCUUCGUUCCACUGCUGCCUUGGAAGGGCCUGGGGCCCCACAGGAUGUGCUGUGUGUCCUCUGGGAACUCAGGGUGUGCACUGAGGUCCCUCCCAGCAAGGAGCAUGGGGUCUUACACCCCUGCUGGGGGUGCUGGGUCUGUGUCAUCCUCCCUAUACUGUAGAUAAUGGGUGCCUCCCCCCGACUGGUCUCCCCUCCUUCCACGUGGGCUCACACCGUUUAAUCUGGAAGCCAGAGGGGGUCACCAGAUCUCAGAGAGGUGCCCCCAGCAGGGCCAGUUUUGGAGUAGCCGUGGCAGCCACAGUUGAGCAGCUAGCAGCCAGCUCCUCCCAGUGAUUUUCUGGGAGCCGUUUCCGUUUUUCAUUUCUUGAAGUUUACUUUGUUUUCUUGAAGCUUCCAGGGUUUUUUGUUUUAUUGCCAAAAUAGAAGGAGCAGACAGCAGAUGGGGAACACUGGGCCCCAGGCCCCUCAUUGGUGUGAGCUGGUGAGAACUUCAUGGUUGGUACUGAGCCGGGCCCAGCUCCGUGCACAGCUGACCGCCCGACCAGCCCUUCUCAGAGGCUUCCUGCCACUCCCCAGUCUGUCCUCACACCAGUGAUGCUUGUGAACAGAGAUGUUGGAGACCUUUACCAUGACUUUGCUACAUUUGAUUCUUCUGGACUUGGUUGUCCCUGGGUGUCCUGUGUGGUCAGUUGUGUUUGAGCAGCCUUGACACUCUAGACUGUGGUGUGAGACCCCAGAGGGAGGGUCAGAGUGCUGUCUGGCUUUUCUUCCACAAUGCCGGCCUCGCCUUACUCCCUGGCUGUGGUCGCUCAGGGCGCCACACGCUGGGGGUUCAGAGAAGACCCCGACUGCCCUGGUGCUCACUGGGCACCAAGCUCCAUGGCUGUGGCUCAUCAAAGAGCAGUGGGCAUGUUUGCCCGUUUUCCUAAAAUGCUAUUGUGAGUAAACACAUUGAUCCCUGAGAA